CCUCCUUUCUCAACAACUUCACAGUUCACACACCUUGGUCUAUUUCUAAACAGAUCGAGAUCGCAUCCAUACUACUAAGCCCUUCAUCCUUCUCCUACUAAUUUGUUUGUGGUGCGCGAUUAAAUCUGGUCGUACUGUACGUUGAAGCUAACUAGCAAUGGAGAACAUGUUGGGUCUGUUGAGAAUUCAUAUCCAAAGAGGAGUGAACCUUGCCAUCAGAGACAUGAGAAGCAGCGACCCUUAUCUCAUUGUCAGAAUGGGCAAGCAGAAGCUAAAGACUCGUGUAGUGAAGAAGAGCGUGAAUCCUGAGUGGAAUGAACAAUUGACUCUUUCAAUUGCUGAUCCAAGUCUUCCAAUCCUGGUCUCUGUGUAUGACAAGGAUACAUUUAGUUUUGAUGACAAAAUGGGGGAUGCAGAGUUUGAGUUUGGUCCAUUCAUUAAAGCCUUGAAGAUGGGUUUCCAUGUAUUGUCAUCAACAUAUGGGAUGUGA